AUGAAAAGUUCUAUCACCGAGAAACUGAGUCACACUUCAGGGUUUUGUGAGAGGCCUAGGAGUUUGCUUGAUAUUGAAGAUCUCACUUUCUACUACAGAAUUCUCUUUCAACUCUAUGAUUAAUAUAAUCCCACUACUACCCUUGCUUUCCAUCUGACACUUGUUCUGAGAAACUGUAGGUAGGAAGAAGAAAGCAAUGCCCCUCUUUGAGCCUAUUCUUUUGGGCCAGUGCUUCCUAGAGCCAGUGCCAAGCUAGACAUCUCCUCGGUGCUCACUCAGGCAAAAGACAGGCUGGGACCUGACCACAGUCCCAUUAAAAAGCUGCAUCUUGUGAGUUUGGUUAAUUAGGGUCAAGCUACAUUUUACGCAGUUUUUUCAACUCCUGUGCGUUUAGCAGUCACGAUUAAGCCAGGCCUGCCACUGCUGCUACAAUAAACUGUAGCACCCACCGUCCGCCCACAAAGUGGCGAAGUAUAAUUAUCAAGAAUUCCCCAAGGGGGCGUUGGAGCGCUAUGGAGGAGCGGCCGACCCGCAAAGCCGCGUGGUGUCACCGUCUCCUGAAAAACUCUCCGACGCCCAACUUGAAAGACAUUUCUCUACCUCUUCGGGACCCAAGACGGCCUGUGGCUCCUAGCUCAAGCGUCUAAGCGUAUGGUCUGUGCCUCCGACAUUCGGGUGACUGGGGAAUGUAAACAAGAAUAAGCUGUUUGUCUCCUGAUGGCUUUUGCUGUAUACUGACGUAUUAUUUGUGAUGGCAUCUGAGGCUGAGAAGACCCAUGCUUUACUCCAGUCUUGUAGCACUGAAUCUCUUUUUUCCAGCCUCGGUCUGGGAAUAUUUUGCCUAGUAGCUGACAGACUUCUUCAGUUUUCAAUCAUUCAGCAAAAUGACUGGCUUCGAGCCCUCUCAGAUAAUGCAGUACAUUGCGUGAUUGGCAUGUGGUUGUGGGCAAUUGUCAUUGGAGUCAAGAAGACAACUGACUUUGGAGAAAUCAUUUUAGCUGGAUUUUUAGCCUCUGUUAUUGAUGUAGACCACUUUUUUCUAGCUGGAUCUUUAUCUUUAAAGGCCGCUUUGACUCUUCCACGAAGACCUUUUCUUCACUGUUCUACCGUGAUACCUGUCGUGGCUCUGACCUUGAAGUUUACUAUGCACCUUUUCAAGCUCAAAGACUCAUGGUGCUUUCUCCCCUGGAUGUUAUUUAUAUCCUGGACCUCACAUCAUAUCCGAGAUGGAAUUCGCCACGGCUUGUGGAUAUGCCCAUUUGGAAAAACUUCUCCUUUGCCAUUCUGGCUUUAUGUCAUAAUCACAUCCUCUUUACCUCAUAUCUGUUCAUUUGUUAUGUAUUUAACGGGGACCAGACAAAUGAUGUCUGCAAAACAUGGAAUUCAGAUUGACGUCUGAAGUAACUGUAUGCCACUCUGGGAGAAGGAAAUGGUUCAGACGAUAAUUAAGGGUAGCUGACAUUAUAAAUUAAAAAAUAUAUAUUAAUUAUUAUAA